GUCUAUUUUGCAGCAGCUCGUCUGGGGUCUGACCUUCCCACGUUUCCUUGGGGCAGUGGAAGUGGAAGAGGAGGAUUUCAGUGGGUUCCCGUCCAAACAGAGUUGUAUCACGGUACAAACACAAUAUUUCUUUGGGAGUGAUGAGAAAUCCUUCAAUGGCAUUCUGGAUUGUAUCAACUGUUCUAGGCUUUUUCACGCAGAGAAGAUUUCCAACACCAAUUUGGUUUUCAUCAUGAGCGACAGUAAAGAGUUGUGUCAUCAUUGUGAUGCGAGGCCGUUGAUGCAAGCAGAGAAGCCUGAUGAAGGACCCAAUCCCUGUGAAAUGGUUCAACACCCCAGGUACAGAAAAGGACCCGACGCCUGCUUUGAUGAUGCUAAA